AGUUUGUGGGUGUGGGAAUUCAGUCACCCGACACACGAUCUUUUCGAUUCCAAUCGAUGAGAGGCGAAUGAUGAGGCAAAUCGAAUCGAAUCGAAUUUAAUCUUUACGCGGUUCGCCAAUUAUUGGUUCUGUAAGGAUUUAUAUCCACGUCUGGGAAAAGUGAGACGCCCACCUCACCGGUCCUUUCUUAUUAGCGAACCCAAAAGCAUUAACAGAGUACGAGACACUCACCUUCAUGGACUCGUGAUUCCAAUUAACUACCGUGCUCCCACCCUAAAGGAAAAGCGUCCCCUACGCGGUCGAGCGAAUGCUUUUGGCCAGCCGUUGUAAAGCGUUCCCGAGUGCUGGACUACGCCAUCAUUUUUUUAUGCCCUUGUCUGUUGGUGGCAAGCACAACAUUUUUUCUUCUCCAUUAUUUUAGUAGAGCGUGAAGAGGAGGCGUACCCACACUAUAGCCAGCCAGUAGGAGCAACUUGACAACGAUAAUGGCCCGACAAUCAUCCUGGCAAGAAAGGCCCGCCGGUACAUCUGUCUAUGAUGGGCAGCAUCCGUACGAUACGACGAAUGAAGUGGAUGUAGAUGCUCUGGAGGCUCAAACCUUUGGAGAUGACCUUGGGAUUGACGUUGACGGCUUUGUCUCGGAAGAAGAAGAUGAAGUUUCCGAGACGGAAGAAGAGAAUUCUUCUACAACUACCAGCACUACCCAACAAGGAUGGUUAUCUCUUCUUCCCUUUGCGUUUGGGACUAAUGCCUCUCGUCGCAGUGACAGCAACCGACGUCGCAGAAGAAGACGACGAAGAGCGAGAUCUUCUGUAACGGGUCUCCAAUCGACCGUGGAAAAGAGCAAACAACGGCAAGGAGAAAACCGCCAACAGUUUCGUCGCCAAGUCCACAACUCGGGGCGAACACUGUCGGUCCUGGCGGAAUCGGAUGAAGCCAGUAGCAGCGAUGUUUCCACCACCAAUAUGACCGCCUCGCGGGGAUCUCUUUCCGAAGUAACUUUCAUGGAAGAUGACGACCAUGACUGGCUGACGAGUAUCUUGACCAGUCGCACCUGUCAGUGCUUGCUCGUUCUGCUCCUCUUAAUGCUCGUGGGCGUCAUGGGAGUCGCCCUUGUAGGCAUGCAACAGCAGGAAGGAGGAGACGACAGUCCUACACACGAAGCCAGCAACACUACUACCAGGACCGUGGCGCCGACCUCCUGGGAACCUUUCGACAUUACUGGAACCUCGUUCGACAAUACACAGCAACAAACAAAGACAACUCCCACCAUGGCACCUUCUACUACCAAGGAACAAUCCUUUACAACAAUGCUACCCACCACCAGCGUCACGAAUACGCCAACGCAAAGGCCAAGCGCCAUCAUGGACACGGAUGCUCCGACGCUUGCAUCACCCACCUCGCGCCCCAGUGCUAGCCCCACGUCUUUUUCUCCGACCUUUUCACCCAGCUCCGUGCCCACGUCUCCUCCAAGCUCUGCACCCACUGCCAUUUCCACAUCUCGUUCUCCGAGCUCGUCACCCAGCAGCACGCCAAGUUCUCUUGCAUCUACUACUAUGCCUACAGUGAUCCGAGGCAUUCAAUUCGACAUUAUAACCACACUACAACCCUCACCCUCCAGUACACCCACAAGCGUACCAUCCCUCGCCCCAACGACCGAACCGACCAACGUGCCUUCGGCUGCUCCAUCUACAGCUGUGCCGUCCACAACAACACCGUCUUUUGUUCCAUCCAAUGCACCCACCACACAACUUCCGUCACUUCGACCCUCUGAAACAGUAUCCAACGCACCCACCACACGAAAAACACAAAGCCCCUCGACAGCACCAACCUCGUCGCCAUCCAACAGUCCAACGGGGGUUCCUUCCGAUGCACCCACCGUACAACCAACCACACCAGGACCCACACAGUCUCCCACGCAAUCACCAACCACCAAACUGCCGACAUCUUCUCCUAGCGACGGUCCAACAACUUCGCCUACUGGCUCUCCAACGAGAGGUCCUACUGGAGGUCCCACGGCUUCUCCGACGGGCUCUCCUACGACCUCUCCCACAGCCACUCCCACAGUGGCUCCUUCUCCGGGGCCAACCCAGUCCCCUACCACAUUGCCUCCUUCCCCCUUACCCACGGCAACACCCACAUCCAAUCCAACAACCCCCGCUCCCACCAUUACACUCCCACCGCCACCACCCGGUUUCCAACCCUUGAAUUGCCGACUCAUUAACGAACCGGGGUCUGGUUUUCACAAUCAAUACUUUUGUGUUUACAACAAUUUCCCCUUUUCCAACGUCGUCUCCACCAUGUCCACGGUAUGUCCGACUCAGUCCGAAGUACCGUCCCCAGAACGGUGUUUCUGCAUGGUGGCCGUCGAUGCGGGCGGCAAUUCGGGCAGUAACAACAACUUAUUGUUUGGCAGUGCGCAAAUGCAAACCUGUCAAUCCUGCGACUUGGCGCCCAAUGACGGGGGAGCCUUUUACGCCUCAUUUGAUUGUUCCAAUGUGCUGCAAGGGAACUGUGUGGGGAGGGAUAGUCAACAACAGUGCAUCAGUAACAAUAAUGAUUGAUGAAGGAAGGAAGGAAUGAAUGAAUGAAUGGAUCCAAUGCCAAGAGAGGCUACAAGCAAGCAGGCAAGACAAUGAUAAAGCUAGAGAGCGACGCAAAACUCAAAAAGUCGCCAUUAUACACAUUUUCAUAAACUAAAUUUACAUGUUUUUCAUUCUUUCAAUCACGAACUCAACGAAGUUCCCCUCGACAGACAUCAGCUGGCGACUAGUAGCUAGCUAGCUAGCUCCUCAGACUUCCUU